CUGUGCCUGUGGGCCAUGCUGUUGUUGAUUCAUAUGCAAAUGGAUUAUCACUAGCUUUAGCCAACUUGAGCUGAGAGAGACUGAGAAAGGGAAGGGAGAGAGGCACAGACAGAUAGGAGGACACCCUCUGGAGCCACUUGCAGGGUGAGGAUCUCGCCUGAAACCCUAGCAGCCCAGGAGCUAGACGCCAGGUUUCAUUGUUUUUUCUUCCUUUCUUUCUUUGUUUUCCCCAAUGGGUAGAGUUAAUAUUUUUCUAUUUAUUCUUACAAAGAAAUAACCCCGAGGCACAUUCCUGUUGCCUGCCUGCUUUUAGUUUCCAGGAUAACCUAAAACUCCAGCAAGCCGUAGCAUCCUCUGCUUCCUGCUUUGCACACAGAUGGAGUGGCCGGACGGGAGCAGCUCUUGGCUCAGCAAAGAAUGCACGGUAUGAUCAGCUCAGUGGAUGUGAAAUCAGAGGUUCCUAUGGGCCUGGAGCCCAUCUCACCUUUAGACCUAAGGACAGACCUCAGGAUGAUGAUGCCCGUGGUGGAUCCUGUCGUCCGUGAGAAGCAGCUGCAGCAGGAGCUGCUUCUCAUCCAACAGCAGCAACAAAUCCAGAAGCAGCUCCUCAUUGCGGAGUUUCAGAAGCAGCAUGAGAACUUGACGCGGCAGCAUCAGGCGCAGCUGCAGGAGCACAUCAAGUUGCAACAGGAACUUCUAGCCAUAAAACAACAGCAAGAACUCCUAGAAAAGGAGCAGAAACUGGAGCAGCAGAGGCAAGAACAGGAAGUAGAGAGGCAUCGCAGAGAGCAGCAGCUUCCUCCUCUCAGAGGCAAAGAUAGAGGACGAGAAAGGGCAGUGGCAAGCACAGAGGUAAAGCAGAAGCUUCAAGAAUUCCUGUUGAGUAAAUCAGCAACGAAAGACACUCCAACCAAUGGAAAGAAUCAUUCCGCGAGCCGCCAUCCCAAGCUCUGGUACACGGCCGCUCACCACACCUCACUGGAUCAAAGCUCUCCACCUCUCAGUGGGACGUCUCCAUCCUACAAAUACGCAUUACCAGGAGCCCAGGAUGCCAAGGACGAUUUCCCCCUGAGAAAAACAGCCUCAGAGCCCAACUUGAAGGUGCGGUCCAGGUUAAAACAGAAAGUGGCAGAGAGGAGAAGCAGCCCCUUACUCAGGCGGAAGGAUGGAAAUGUUGUCACUUCAUUCAAGAAGAGAGUGUUUGAGGUGACAGAGUCCUCGGUCAGUAGCAGCUCUCCAGGGUCUGGUCCUAGUUCACCAAACAAUGGGCCCGCCGGAAAUGUCCCCGAAAAUGAGGUUUCAGUUAUGCCUCCCACGCCUCUCCCUGAGCAGCUGGUUCCGCAGCAACGCAUUCUGAUUCACGAAGAUUCCAUGAACCUGCUCAGCCUCUACACCUCGCCCUCUUUGCCCAAUAUCACUCUGGGACUGCCAGCUGUGUCGUCCCCACUCAAUGCUUCUAAUUCACUCAAAGAAAAGCAGAAGUCGGAGACACAGAUCCUCAGGCAAGGCGUCCCUUUGCCUGGCCAGUACAGCGGUGGCAUUGCAGCGCCCUCCAGCCAUGCUCACGUAGCGAUGGAGGGGAAACCCAACAGCAGCCACCAAGCUCUCCUGCAGCACCUACUAUUGAAGGAACAAAUGCGGCAGCAGAAGCUGCUUGUGACUGGUGGAGUUCCCUUACACCCUCAGUCUCCCUUGGCAACGAAAGAAAGAAUUUCACCAGGUAUUAGAGGUACCCACAAACUGCCCCGUCACCGACCCCUGAAUCGAACCCAGUCUGCGCCUUUGCCUCAGAGCACGCUGGCUCAGCUGGUCAUUCAGCAGCAACACCAGCAGUUCCUGGAAAAGCAGAAGCAGUACCAGCAGCAGAUCCACAUGAACAAACUGCUCUCGAAAUCUAUUGAACAACUGAAGCAACCAGGCAGCCAUCUUGAAGAAGCGGAGGAGGAGCUUCAGGGGGACCAGGCCAUGGAAGACAGAGCGACCUCUAGCGAGCACAGCACUGGGAGCAGCCGUGCUUGUGUGGAGGACACACUGGGACAAGUUGGGGCUGUGAAGGUCAAGGAGGAGCCAGUGGACAGCGAUGAAGAUGCUCAGAUACAGGAAAUGGAAUGUGGGGAGCAGGCUGCUUAUAUGCAACAGCCUCCCUUGCUGGAGUCCUCACACACACGUGGGCUCUCGGUGCACCAGGCUCGGCUAGCUGCGGUUGGCAUCGAUGGAUCAGAGAAGCAUGGCCUCCUCUCCAGGACCCAUUCCUCCCCCGCAGCCUCUAUGUUACCUCACUCAACAGCAGACUGUCCCCGCCAGCCUGCCUCUACCACUGGGAUUGCCUACGACCCUCUGAUGCUGAAACACCAGUGCAUCUGUGGCAAUUCCACCACCCACCCCGAGCACGCUGGGCGGAUACAGAGCAUCUGGUCACGGCUACAAGAAACCGGGCUGCUAAAUAAAUGUGAGCGAAUUCAAGGUCGAAAAGCCAGCCUGGAGGAAAUACAGCUAGUUCACUCUGAACAUCACUCAUUGCUGUACGGCACCAGCCCCCUGGACGGGCAGAAGCUGGACUCCCGGACACUGUUAGGUGACAAGUCCCGAAAGUUCUUUUCCUCGUUGCCUUGUGGUGGACUUGGGGUGGACAGUGACACCAUUUGGAACGAGCUGCACUCGUCCGGUGCUGCACGCAUGGCUGUUGGCUGUGUCAUUGAGCUGGCUUCCAAAGUGGCCUCAGGAGAGCUGAAGAACGGGUUUGCUGUUGUGAGGCCCCCAGGCCAUCAUGCUGAAGAGUCUGCUGCCAUGGGGUUCUGCUUUUUUAAUUCAGUUGCGAUUACCGCCAAAUACUUGAGAGACCAACUCAGUAUGAACAAGAUAUUGAUUGUCGAUCUGGACGUUCACCAUGGCAACGGUACCCAGCAGGCCUUUUAUGCCGACCCCAGCGUCCUGUACAUUUCUCUCCACCGCUAUGAUGAAGGAAACUUUUUCCCCGGCAGUGGAGCCCCGAAUGAGGUUGGAGUAGGUCUGGGAGAAGGCUUCAACAUCAACAUUGCCUGGACAGGUGGCCUUGACCCCCCCAUGGGAGAUGUUGAGUACCUCGAAGCCUUCAGGACUGUCGUGAUGCCCGUGGCCAAAGAGUUUGAUCCAGACAUGGUCCUGGUGUCUGCAGGAUUUGAUGCGUUGGAAGGCCACACCCCUCCCCUAGGAGGUUACAAAGUGACAGCAAAAUGCUUUGGUCACUUGACAAAGCAGCUGAUGACUUUGGCCGAUGGACGUGUGGCCUUGGCUCUAGAGGGAGGCCACGAUCUGACAGCCAUCUGUGACGCAUCUGAAGCCUGCAUAAACGCCCUUCUGGGAAAUGAGCUCGGGCCCCUUGAGGAAGAUGUCCUCCACCAGACGCCGAAUGCGAACGCUGCCGCUUCUUUACAGAGGAUCACUGAAAUCCAAAGCAAGUACUGGAAGUCGAUCAAGAUGGUGGCUGUUGCAAGGGGUUGUGCUUUGCCUGGUUCUCAGCUGCAAGAGGAGUCGGAGACCGUGUCUGCACUGGCCUCUCUGACGGUCGAUGUGGAACAGCCAUUCGCUCAGGAAGAUGGCAGAACUGCUGGUGAGCCCAUGGAGGAGGAACCAGCCCUGUGAAGUGCCAAGUCUCCCCCGAUAUUUCCUGUGUGUGACAUCAUUGUGUAUCCCCACCCCCCAGCCCCAGCACCCUCAGCCAUGUCUGCUGCUUGGGUGGCACAGUUUGAUGGAACGUAAACACUGGGCAUCAGGUUCUGAACAGCAGCUUCACUUGUUCUUUGGAUGGACUUGAAAGGGCAAUGCAGAUUCCUGAAACUUAACCACUGUGAGUCUAAAGUUACAGUAACCAGGAUUGGAAGAAACUGCUCCCCGCGUGCGUUUAUGCUUGAGACCCUGCUCCCAGACACGGUGUGAGCUAGAAACCUUCAGUGCAGCACUAAAUACUGUCCGUUUCAGAAGCUAGGACGGCCAUCUUCAUUCCUGACAUCGUCAUCAGUGUUUUAUUGUGUAGUUUACUGUCGAGUAGACUUAAAUUGUUUCUUUUCAGCUAUGAUGGGAAUUACAGACAGAUUGCUGUGGGCUGCAGGGAUUUUCUUCUUUUGUUUUGGAUUUUUUUUUUUUUCUGUGUUCUAACACACUUCCAUCCUUCCUGGUAAGAGUUCAAGAUGGAGCUGGGAUGAGGCUUUGUUCUAGUGGGGAAAAAAAUCACAAUGUAUUUGGCAGUCCAAAUGGAACUUGCACACCGUGCCUACCAUGUGCCAUAGGACAGUAUUUUGUGUCCUAUUUUGUCUGUUUCAAGUUCUCACAGAUUAUGGAUUUGUAGUUUUGUCCAGUACUGAGGUCUCUUCCACCACAUGCAACUCCAUUUAAAGGACCACGCCUGUGGGGUGCAUCUCUGGGCAGAUGUGCGGUCUGUGAAAAGCACAGACCUCAGGCGCCGUGGUUUGCGCCCCAUCUUUCCAGCACACCUCUCCCUUUCUCCGUCCGCUGCUUCCUCCUUUAGAGAAAACACCCACAGCCUCCGCAUCCUCAGGGGAGCUUAGCGUUUGGUUUCUACCAUUUACCUUUCAGGCUAACCCACUUUGUUAUCUGAUUCUGCACACUGUUCAAGCGAUGCCACUGAGUGUUCCGGGUCUUAGGGAUGCAUUAAUGAGGAUGGCAAUGAUCUGAAGUCCCUGUGGAUGGGGCUAAGAUGGGAGCUGUGCCUUCCAUGGAAACAAACCCAGAACUCCACCAUUGCACAGCCUGCCUUUCUAGCAAAGGUUCAAAAUAAAGGACAUUUAUUUCUGAGAUUAAAAACAGCUUACUAAGUAGAAUAGAAUCAAGUUAGUCACUGCCUCUGAAAAAUGCAUUUCAGUGCAUAACUCAAACACCUAAGACACUGAGGUAGAAUAGCUCACAUAUUUAAUAUCUGACAAUGCUUUUGAACAUUGAUGUUUCUUUUUAUAUAUUUUCCUAACUCAAAGGAUAUAUUAAAGCCAUAAGUGAAGAUUGUCAUGCUUUUAUUCAGAAAUCUGAAAGAAACCUUAAUUAAAACAAGGUUUUAGGGAAGGCCAAGAUCUGAAAGACAUGGAACAAUGUGGUUUCAGUUAGGGAGGACUCCAACCUGUAAAUCAAAGAUGAAAGAUCUCACUCACGUAGAAUUACAUAACUCUCCUUUGUUAUACACUCAGGCCACAUUUUCAUGCAUUUGGUUUUUUUAGGAUUACCAUUUUAAUUUUAAAGACUUUUAUUACAUAUACAAAAUGGCUCGGUACUUGGUUUAACAUCUUAGAAAUUUGAGAUACCCUUUGAAAUAGGAAAUCUGAAAUGGAAUGUAACUCAGUAUUAGGUAAAAAUGACUUUCAUUGCAUAAGGGUUAAGUCAAUCUAGACUCAUGAUUAUAAUAAAUGUUUUCUAAAUUCCAUUUUCUUGAUGUUUUAGAGAAAUUCCUGCCAAUUAUAUUUGCUAACUCCUUUUUUAACUUUCUUUUCUUUUCCUUUUUUUUUUCCCCCUUGGUAAUUGAGAAAAUUUAUUUAAAGAAAAACAAAGGCUUAAAGGCUUACAAAGAAGACCUUACUUUAAAAGAGGGAAAGUUAUCAUACUUCAAAAAGCUCUGUAAUUGUGAACCUUUUAAACCAACUUCAGAGUUACACGUCCCCUUCACUGCGAAUCAAUACUAGAUGCUGGGUAAUGAGACAAAACAAGGCAGCGUAAGUUUAUUAAUUCACUGAUAUCCCUGCCACCGCAUGGCCUCGGAAGGUGGCUUCUCAGUCUGAGGAAGCCAACCCCCUAGGACAUGCCAACUCACUAGGACCUCUCUGUGGUAGUUUAGAUUUUUAAAAUACUUAAUAAAGAGCUAAUCACACUCUUCCUCCCCGCUGUGUAACAACACACCUAAUUCAUUGCAAUGCAAAUUAUUAGGAUCCCGAGAGCAGACACACCCUGUUGGGGAAGGAUACAGUUGAAGGUAGCAUUGUGGGCUGAGAGGUUCUACACCUGAUUGCACGCACCCUUGCAUUACACUAUGGAGUGUGGCCCCAGAGGGCGGAGAGCACCAGCGUUUCUUCAGAAGCUGACCAAACUUUCAGUCCAACUGGUAUAUUUUUCUUCCCUACACUUUAGUUUUUAUUGUUCCCAGUGGUCCCCAGUGAAAGGCUAAUGGAGAAACAUUACGGCUCCUGGGGCUCGUUCUGACCCCCCUUUGAAAGACGACCCCAUGAGUUCCCUCACAGUCUAGCACAACACACACGUGUUGAAAUAAAAUAAUUUUCGAGAAAUACACGAGUAAAAAAGAGUAAGUUUAAAUAAUAGAAACAAAGUGAGAUAUAAUCAGUUUUGUUUUCUAUAUAAUUGGACGUUUUAUUUUUGACUGCAUUAAGCAACCCUAGUAAGGACUGAGCAGGUAUAAAUAUCAAUGAAAAUUUAGACUAGCAAAUGGGGAAAUAUUGGAAGGGGAACAUUUUUAAAUAUUUUAUCUAAUUUGUAAUAUCCAGACAGGAGAGAGAACUCGGAUUUUGGAGAUAGUAGAUAUAUUUGUUUAAAAACUCCCACAAGUGACAUUUCCAUGCACACGCAGUCCUAGGAACAGAAACGGUGCCUUCCGUGUGCACUACGACCCACUAGGGACAGUUUCAUUCAUCCAACUAAAAACACAGUGGCCUUGAAAAUGGGGCAUUUCCUCCCUCGAAGAUUUCAAAAACUGUGGGACUAGUUUCUCCAAUAGGUCAGACCUGUUUUAUUGCUAGAGGUCAAUCGUGAAGCUCUGUGAAUGUACUGAUAUCUUUACAGACUCCACACAGGAGCGCAUGAGAAUGGUCCUGAGGGUUGGCUGGAGGAGACUUCCUCCCCGCUCAGCACUUUUAAACUCGCUUUAUUUGAUUCUGGAACUUUGCGAUUAAGUUUUUUUUUUUUAAUAUUUCUCUCAAAAUUUUUUGUCUAUGAGUUUCGGUGGAAGCAAGUGUUAAAACUGAGCAGCCUGGAAAGAAGCCAAAAGUUUGUCUCCUAAGCAAUGAUUCAUUCUGAGCUUGAACUUGCUGCUCCGUCUAAGUGUGACAUUGUCUUUCCUAGUCUUAUCUGUCCCAAUAUUCUCCUCCUGCUUUUGGAAAUCACAUGCUUGCUGAGAUACACACACGUGCACACACACGCACAUGCACACACUGCACACACACACACACACACACACACACACACACAGAAUGCAAAUGGCACACUUGUAGCCCUACUUCAAUAAAGAUGACAUUUUUACCUCCAAAAGAAACAAAAGGCAAAUUAUCUGAGGUGGAGAAGAAAGGCUUUCCGUUAUCUCAAGGACGGCCAGUGCUGUGGUCACGCUCACCAUCAGCUCUCUGUGUUCAUGUUAUAAAUACCCAAGACUAUAGAAUUUCCGUUCUCCAGACCAGUCACACAGCACAUAUACGUUCUAUCUCUAGCAUUCCUACCUGGGAUCAUGAUAUAUCUACAGGAAUGAGUGUGUCCAUUGUUAGUAAGUACGUUGGAAGUAACGCCAUCAGACAAAUCUUAGACCAUAAAUCUGAGGCUAGCUGGACUGUAUCUCAAUGAUAAGGUAUUAGAGUGGUAAUCACUUAUCAACCGUCUUAAGUCUCAAACUAGAAAAGCUAGCAAAUAUAUAAUAUGCUAUACGGUGCCAAUAUUUCUAACCAGUGACUUCCUUUCCUCAAACUCUGUUUCCCUUGCUUCCUUGCCAAUGGCAAAUUGGCAUAUCUACACAAUCAGAGUUUCUGAUUUCUGCCUACCUUAUGUUUCCUAAGAAGAAACAACCCUGCAAAUUUGUCUUCUGAGACCCCACUUGGCAUAUGGGUCUCCAGGCAUUUUAUCUAAACCUAGCCUUAUAGUCUUGAUUGUGUUAUUUACUUAUACCUUAUCAAAAGAUACCUGGCUUAGCUAGCUUUAUCUAAAAGCAUACCAAGCUUUGAUUUAUUCUGUACUUGGGGCUUGCCACUUCCUUUUAUUAAUGCAGAAUUUUAUUUUUGGUCAAUUAUCGUCCACCAUUUUUGCUACUAUCCAGUUGAGUAAUAUUGGUUAUCAAACAGGGAAGGUUUUUCACACUCCCCAUGCUCUUUGGAAGACACUUAUGUGAGGCAAACCAUCAAGUGCACAUGACCACCUGAAGUAAGAAUAGCAAAGGAGAAACCGGAAGACUAUAUAUUUUGGAAAUAAAAAUAUCUGACUCAUGAAAUAGAAAAUGGACUCCUUUAAUUUUCUUGUUUGGUCCUUCUGCACAUACGGGCACAAACAAUGCCACGUGUAUGUGGUCAGUUGUCUCCAGGGAUACCGUGGUCAGGUCCCUGGCCCUCUCAGGGACAUGGCAUUUGUAACAAUGACAAAACUGUCACAGGAGUGUCUGGAUUGAGCUCUUUGUUGGUUAACAUUUAGUAGAAAUGGAAUAAUAAAAACCACAAAAGAACGAAAUUUUUGUAAUCUGAAGAGGAGUGUUACUUCUGUGUGUGCAAAGGCUAUUUUUAGAAUGGAAAAAGCUCCUUCUCUCUUGCUAAACUGUAAGAUUCUCAGACUCUCUUUGGGUGGCUCUGCCAGUGUAGACCUUCACAGAAGCUGGGUGAGAUGACAUUGUCCUUUGAGGGAUGGCUGGGCCCAGCGAGUGUGCUGUCGCCUUUCAUUGGCAACCCGUGUCAUUCGAGACAAACAACCUGAUGCUGUAAAUCAGCUGGAAGUCCAGGCAAACAAAUUCGUCACUGUUUUGGUUAAAUGCUAGACCACGAUUAUUGGAGCGAGUGCAGAUAAUGGGGACUUUCUGGUUUGUGUCAUGUGAAUGUGUCUUUUGUAUUGUGGUCUUGUAUCUGUUACUGUGAUAAGAUCAGUUGCUUGUCCUCUGUGACCAAGUAGUUUUGCCCUUAAUUUUUCGGCUUUCAUCAAAAGCUGUCAUCCGGAACUGCUAAGAAAAGUAUACAUAGUCAAACAUGAAGUUGUUCUGCCAGUGAUGCAUCCCCACGUGUGCAAGAUAAUUCCCUAAUAAAGGUUCAGUAGCUAAUUACGGCACCAUUGUUGAACAUGCUUUUAGAGUGUUCCUGCUCCCUAGUCUUUUGGAUUUUAAAACACAAUAUUAUUCUCCAAAGGAUUGUUGAUGUUGUUAGUGUCAACACUCCUUAAAAAGAAUAAUGAUGCCCAUUUUGUCUUGUGUUUUUUACUGAUUAGAUUUUCCUGUAGUCCUAUGUGA